UUUGUGAAUUGUUUAUGACGUUUCUCAAAAACAGGUCACAUAAUUGACCACACUUUGGGAAUUUUGCCAUCAACCAUGAUGGCAGUUUUGAGUCGCAAUCGAAGGUCAGACUCAUUCUUGCUUCUGAUUGGGCCGGAUGCUCUACAACCCGCCCAACUCCCGCUCCACGUGGCCUCUCGCUGCUGUGAUGGGGUCUCGUGGCUGCCACUCAAAACGGCUCCAGCCAAUCGGGCACUUCGUCCUUUUGACUCGCGUCACACACGUUCGCCGGCAGCUAGUGCUACUAUUCAAGAUGUCGGUGUUCCCCAUGUGUGUGCGAGCGAGUCGGGGCCUCUGGAGGCUCCGCAGCGGGGCGGCGGGUGUCUCCUCCCAGUCUGCGAUGGACAUAGUGCGGACACUCUCCACGGACAAGCCGCCUGUCGGCCUCGCUCAGGCCAUCCUCCAGGAGAAACUCAAGCAGCAGCAGCAGAGCCAGGGCCAGCCACCUCCUGAGGGAGGUGAAGGUGAGAAGGAUGGGGAACAGGCGGGCGACAAGAAGCAGAAGGAGAACACCGCCUACGCUAAGAAGAUGGUGCUCCGGCUGGCGGGACUCAUGGGACUCGGCGGGGCGGUCAGCAUCGUCUACAUAUUCGGCACCAAUUCAGUAGACGAGCAAGGAAACCAGAUUCCAGACGAGUUCGACAGAGACCCGCCUGUAAUCCAACAUUUGAGAAGAACCUUUAAAUACUUCCAGGACUACAGACAGAUGAUCAUCGAGCCGACGAGCCCGAAGCUGCUGCCCGACCCUCUGAAGGAGCCGUACUACCAGCCUCCCUACACGCUGGUGCUGGAGCUCACCGACGUCCUGCUGCACCCGGAGUGGUCGUUGGCGACAGGUUGGCGGUUUAAGAAACGUCCGGGUAUCGACUACCUGUUCCAGCAGCUCGCACCGCUCUAUGAGAUUGUCAUCUUCACUGCAGAGACCGGCAUGACGGCGUUUCCUCUGAUUGACAGCAUCGAUCCUCAGGGUUUCGUCAUGUAUCGUCUGUUUAGAGAUGCAACACGCUACAUGGAAGGACAUCAUGUUAAGGACGUGUCGUGUCUGAACCGGGACACCAGUAAGGUGAUCGUGGUGGACUGUAAGCGGGAGGCGUUCAGCCUGCAGCCCUUCAACGGCAUGGCUCUGAAGAAAUGGGACGGCAACUCGGAGGACCGAACGCUCUACGACCUCGCCAACUUCCUCAAGACCAUCGCUCUGAGCGGCGUGGACGACGUGCGCUCGGUGUUGGAGAACUACGCUCUGGAGGACGACCCCAUCGACGCCUUCAAGCGCAGACAGGCUCAGCUUGCGAAGGAGGAGGAGCAGCGUCUGGCCGAGCUCUCGCAGCAGAAGAAACAAGGACUCUCUCUCGGCUCCAUCGCCUCGCGGUUCUGGCGCUCCAAGCAGCAGUGAGCCCCGCCCCCCUCUCACACGUCCACCAAUCGCAGCCCGGCUGCCUGUCGGCGCAGAGGGGAGGGGCCAGAGGAGAAAGGGGGGGAGGGCGGGGGGGAGACCUGCGUACUGUAGCUGAGCGGUCUCCGCCGCCACAAACAACCAAUCAUGUCUCAGUGGGCGGGUCUGCGGUGCUGGAACAGAGCAAAGACAUUGGCUGGCCUCUGCACCAAUGAUAGAGGCACUUCCUGGUUUUUUGGAGGCGGGGUGUCGGCGGCCCCCUCCCUUGGUCAUCUUGGUGUCACCUGAUGCGAAUCAAGCUGCUGAUUGGUUUAAAAAAAAAAACCAAGAGAAAGGGGAUCCAGGUCAGGUGAAAACUCUUGUUGUUGGCGGUCGGAGGCUGAUCCGAGACCAGCGCUGCUAUCGCCACUCCAGCUCUGGUCGGCUCGGCCGCUCGCAGGAUCUGACCUGAGACCAGCGCUGCUCUGUCCUGCACCUCACCUGCAGAAUGUUUCUUUUAUUUCCUGUUCCUCUGUGUGUCUCAGACCGGCGCUGACGGCCCGAAAGAGACCAUGUUCAAUAAUGAAUAUUGUUUAUAACAAUAAAAACAAAACAAAUAGUAGUAUUCUUAAGAGUUCAUUGAAUAAAUAUAUGAGACUGUCAGAGUGAACGGCGGCGGCGUGGAGAGGCGCCACACCGAAGACUUGAACGGCAGCUGAGCAAACGGUGGAGAGAGGAGAAGAAGAAGAGAGCUCAAUAAAAAAAAAAAAAUUAAAAAAGAUCCAAUCCCAGUUUCACCCUCGCAGAUCAGAUUUUACAGAAACCUGCAGAUGCAUUCGGGCGGCGUCAGAGUCACAUGAUGCCGUCCCGUUGUGAGCAGGUGACGUUAACUUCAGUCUGUAAAGUUUAACACUAAUGCUGCCUUCAAACGGACUCUGUGACUCGUAUUAUAAGUUGUGAGAGAAAUGUUCCUUGUGCAUUUUGUAGCGUUGAAGUUUAAAUGGAGCCAAACUAAGAAUUACUGACAGGAGAAGAAGAAGUAGAAGAAGAAGGAGUCGACCUUUUGUACAUAACUGAUGUUGUGUUCAUGUCACUUUAUUCAGACAGUAAUUACGAGCAGCCGAGUGGUAAAUAAGCGUUCAACGUCAGACUCCGACUUGUAAUUCAGAUCCGUUAAUAUUUAGGAUUUGUUCAUCUCACUUCCUCCAACAGACUGAUGGUUACAUUGAAAUAACACUUAAUAGAUUCGAUGCAGCUCAUUUAAAACGAGCUUUAUACACCGUUUGAUCUGCUGGAAACAUGUAACACAAGAUAAAUCACUAAUUUAAGCUUUUUAAACGGUGAGACAGUCGGAGUAACCAGCUUGGAACGAUGCACAAAAGCUCCUGAGUCAGAAUAAUGGGAGGUUUUCUUUUUUCUUCCUGUUCAGCUGAUGUUACGUUACGAGCAGCUGCAGAGAAGGAACAUCAAACAGUGAUGACGUCUGAUAAGUAAAGACGUCCCGAUCAAUUUUUAUGCCCCCAGUAUGAGUCCUUUAAUAUCAGGCAAUUAAUUAAACAUGUAUCUGACACACUGAAUAAACAGCUUUAGCUACUAAAUCUGAUAAACUUUAUUCUUCAGGAGCUUCUUGAUCCAAAUACUGAAGGUUGAAACUAUGAUCAGCUUAGUUUAUUGAUCUGAUCAGUUGAACUGGAGACUCAGAAACACUGAUUGUACGGUUGUGUUACAGAUCUUUGGUCGAGUUACAGACACACGAACCGACAACAGACGAGUUUCAUUUGAAGGUUAAUUAGUGACGGCUGAUAUGAGCUGCAGCCCGACACGUUUGUCAUUUUAACCAAAAGCUGAAAAUGGCGCCCGGUGUGACUGAGAUUAGAGCUCAGCGAAUCAGAGAUCAGCGUCAGAACUCUCCGAGUCUUCAUGUCCUCUCAUAUAAGCAGUGAGAUGUUGCACUGAAGGCUGCUGUAAAUGAGAGAAACUGAGCAAAACACAGUAAAUAAAGGAUGGUUUUUAAUCUGGUUUAUUUUAGACUACGUCUACAUUAAGUUGGAUAAACUCUUAAAAUGCUGUUUUUGUGCAAAAACAUGCGUCCACAGCAGGAGUUUCAGCUCGAUUGUGCAAAUACCUCCGUCCAUGUGUAUUUUAGAGUUUAACCGGCUUGAUUUAGACGUAGUCUCUGGACGCCAUGUUGGAAAAGCUCCUUUGUAGUCUGCACAGAGGACUGAAUAUUCAUGAAUAUGCACAGAUCGACAUCUCUAACACCAGGAAUUCUAUUUAAAAACGGACAUGUACAUGAGAACUAAUGUCACAUAACUGUCUCCUUCAGGUUCCUUUUUUUUUUUAUGGCACUGUCCACACUUCAUACGGUUUAAACCAGCUCUGCUUUUCAUUCUUCACACAACUUCUGACUCUUUUCAUGAGAAACACGAGCGCAGCAACAGCACGAAUGUGUUUGACAGACUGAACAUGAGGUCACUUGAAGGCAGCAUUAGAUCAGACGGUAGACUUUGAUGUUGUGUCUCUGCUGGAAAAAAAAAAUCCAACAGCAGUGUUGCAUUCAAGUCCCGUCCUACCAAAAGAGUUCUGCUAAAAGAUAUAUUAAUGUGUUUAAAAUAUGCAAAACCAAAUAUAUUGUAAUAUAUCUCCAACAUGCUCUUAAACGUAAAGUACAAAUCUAUCAUAUUCAGAUUAAUAUGACAACAGAGAAGAGAACAUAAAAACAGGUUAAUGAGCAAGAAAACGCCUGAAUUACUGACACAAAACCUGAGUUUUCCACCAUAUUUAGAGGGUUUUGGGUUCCUACUUUUCCAAAAACUCAAUGAGGAACAUUUUCUCUACAGUUUCUACUUGACGUGAAAAGUCCUACUAAGAUCAGGCAGCAUGUGAAGGCAGCUUCAGUAUGGCGGGACGUGCAGGAAACAUGUAAAAUGUGCAUGUUGAUGGUUGUCAUGUGUGUGUUUUUUUUGGGGUGUUCAGCCGUUGGUCUCAGCUGCUGUUAACGAGCUCUGUCAGUAGACGCUAAACUCCAGUUUUGGUUGAGAACUCGUGUUGUUGCUGGAGUUGUUUUUACAUAAAUAUAAAUAUAAAUGUGAAUAAAGCUGAAAACCUGCAGUGAAGUACAGAAUGUGGAGACUUUUCCUCUUUUUGUGGUUCUUCUUUGUGGCCCCGACAGGAAACGACAGGUUUUAGUCAAUUUUUUUAAGCUAAUUGCAAAAAUAUUUAGCGGUUUCAGCUUCUGAAAUGUGAAGAUUUGAUGCUUUUCUGUGUCAUACAUGAUAGAAAGCUGUUUGUAUUUAGGAUUUGAACUGUUGAUCAGACACAACGAGACGUUUGAAGACGUCAGGAACUCUCAGCUCUGCUCUCAGAGUCCUCGAGAGCAGAACUCCGGGUUCCUGCGCUGACUUUAGCUCAGAUAUGAAACCUCCUGAAUUCUGCAAAUCGAAAUGAAUAAAACAGCAGUUUGCAUGAA